GAUCGUGGCGUGGUAGUGUCGUUUGACAUUCGUCCUGACGUCAGCUUUAACGUUGUCAAGUCGUACAUCGAGAUAUAUAGGGAGAAAUUAGAAAACAGAGUGUGCCAAAGCAUAGACAUAAGAAACAGCGUGCGUUAUUUCUCAAGACUGAGCGGAUGUCGACUAGUCGAGGGCUUUGUACAAAUUUUGCUGAUCGACAACGCCGAGCCGGCCGAGUAUGCCAAUAUCUCUUUCCCGGAGCUGAAAGAGAUCACCGGAUACCUGCUGCUCUAUAGGGUGAAAGGGCUGCGAAGCAUCGGUCGCCUGUUCCCCAAUCUGAGCGUGAUUCGGGGCCAUUCUCUGUUCAUCAACUACGCCCUGGUCGCGUUCGAGAUGAUGAACCUGCAGGAGAUUGGGUUGCAUAGUCUGACCACUAUCGUGAGGGGCUCCGUUCGUUUCGAGAAGAAUCCAGCGCUUUGCUACGUGGAUACCAUCGACUGGGACCUGAUUGCUAAGGCCGGCAAAGGGGAACACGUCAUCGCGGGAAACAAUCCGAGGAACGGGUGCCCGGUGUGCGAGAAGCACUGUCCCCAACGACAAACGAAAUCGGACGAGUAUCUCUGCUGGAACAAGCAACACUGCCAACGAAUCUGCGAGCAAAAGUGCGAGAACAACGCGUGCGACGAGUUUGGAACUUGUUGCCAUCCGUCGUGCCUCGGCACGUGCACCGGCCCGACGAACCGGGACUGCGCCGCCUGCAAGGAUGUGAUCACCAUGGACGACCAGUGCGCUGAACGGUGCCCGAACGGCACGCUAGAAUUCAUGAGCCACCGUUGCAUCGAGGAGGACCGGUGUCUGAGGAUGGAGAAGCCGCGCGAGGCGUUCAACGCGAAGAACUACCCGUACAAGCCGUUCAACGGCAGCUGCGUGAUGGAGUGCCCGCCUGGUUACAUGGACGAGGAGUCGAGCAGCAAGGUCUCGUGCAAAAAGUGCGAGGGCCCCUGUCAGAAGGAGUGCGCCGGGACGAACGUGGACAGCAUCGCUUCCGCCCAGAAGCUGCGCGGCUGCACGCACAUCGUCGGCAGCCUGGAGAUUCAGAUACGAGGCGGCAAGAAUAUCGUGAAGGAGCUGGAGGACAGCCUGAACACGAUCGAGGUGAUCGACGGCUACCUGAAGAUCGUGCGCAGCUUCCCUCUGAUAUCUCUCAACUUCCUGAAGAACCUGCGGGUCAUACGCGGCAACGACAUCGACAACUCCAAGUACUCGCUGCUGGUGAUGGACAAUCAGAAUCUGCAGGAACUGUGGGACUGGAGCGCGCACAACGGCAUCAAGAUCCUGUCGAAGGACGGCCCUGGUCGGAUCUUCUUCCACUUGAACCCGAAGCUCUGCCUGUACAAGAUCGAGACGCUGCGGAAGAAGGCCGGCCUGAGGCCGUUCACCGAGUACGACGUGGCGCCCAACAGCAACGGCGACAAGGUCGCGUGCAACGUGACAGAGCUGAAGACAAAGGUCGGCAAGAAGUCGCCGUGGGGCGCGGUGAUCGAGUGGGAGCCGUUCGUUCACCACGACGCGAGGUCUUUGCUCGGGUACGUGGUGUACUUCAUCGAGGCGCCGAACAGGAACGUGACGAUGUACGACGGUAGGGACGCGUGCGGCGGUGACGGCUGGAAGGUGGACGACGUCUCGGCGACCACCAACGCCACGGAGACGAGCAAGUUCGGCACCAGCCGGCAGGAGAAGAACGUGCACACGCACUAUCUGUCGCAACUGAAGCCGUACACGCAGUACGCUUAUUACGUGAAGACUUACACGAUCGCCACGGAGAGGUCCGGGGCGCAGAGCAACCUGACGUACUUCAGGACAAUGCCGGAAGCUCCUAGCGUGGCCAGGUCCCUCAUUAUCUGGAGUAACUCGAGCAGCGAGCUGAUCAUGUCCUGGCUGCCGCCGCUUCACAAGAACGGCAACCUGACGCAUUAUCGAAUCUUUGGCCGGUGGGAGCCGGACGAUCCCAACUUCAUCGAUCAGAGAAACUACUGCGAGGAACCCAUGAUGCUGCCGGAUAAGAAAGCGCUCGCGGAGGAGGAAAGGAAACGGAUGGAGGAGGAGAAGGAGCAGAUGAUGCCGGAAACUGGUAGCUGCGACUGUCUCGAUCGCGAGACCGACCAGUCACUCCGCGAGAAGGAAGCGUCCAGCGCGAUCGAGUUCGAGGACGCUUUGCACAACCAGGUGUACAUAAAACGAAAGUCGAAGAAGAAACGCGACGUUUCCGAGAUGUCGUUCGUUUCUCGAAAGACGAAGGCGUUGGACCAGCCUGCGAUGGAGAAAAUCGAGAACGGGACGUACACGGCGUUCGAGCAAGUGGUGCCCAGCACGAAUCUCUCGUUCGUGAUGAAAAACCUGCGUCACUUCUCCGCGUACAACAUCGAGAUACAGGCGUGCAGGGCGCAGGAGAUGAACGACACGUACAAAAAGUGUUCGACGAAAAGCAUGAGGACCUACCGCACGCUGCCGCUGGACAGCGCCGACAACAUUCCGCCGAAUACUUUCAAGAUAAGCAUUUCAGGCGAGAACAACAGCCUGACGAUGGUCACGCUUCAGUGGGACGAGCCGCCUCAACCCAACGGUCUGAUCAUCACCUAUCAGAUCGAGUACAAGAGGGUUGACAUACAAAACUACAAGCCGACAGUGGUGUGUAUCACCAGGCGGGAUUUCACGAAGGCGGGCAACUCGUACGUCCUGAAGGAGCUUCCGGUAGGGAACUACUCGGUGAAAGUUCGGGCGACCAGCCUCGCGGGCUACGGCGCGUACACGCACGUGAAGUACUUCUACAUCGACGAGAGGAACGGCAUGAGCACCUUCUGGCUAAUAUUCUGGGUGUUGUUCUGCGUGAUCACGGUGAUCGUCGGCGCGUUGGCGUACCUCUGCAAGCGGCGGUACUUCAGCAACGGGCCGAACGUCACGCUGAUCGCUACCGUCAACCCGGAGUACAUCAGCACGCCGUACGUGCUGGACGAGUGGGAGGUACCGAGGGAGAAGAUCGAGAUGCUCAAGUCGUUGGGGACCGGAACGUUCGGCAUGGUUUACGAGGGCAUAGCCAGGGACAUCGUGAAGGGCAAGCCGGAAGUCCGGUGCGCGGUGAAGACGGUGAACAAGGACGCCACCGAUCGUGAGAGGAUAGAGUUUCUCAACGAAGCAUCGGUGAUGAAGGGUUUCGACGCUCAUCACGUGGUGAAGCUACUCGGCGUGGUGACACGUGGCCAGCCAACGUUAGUCAUCAUGGAGCUGAUGGUGAACGGCGACUUGAAGAGAUAUCUGAGGAGUCACAGGCCGGACACGUGCGAGAACAUGACCAGCGUGACGCCGAAAUUGGACAGGAUACUUCAGAUGGCGAUCGAGAUCGCCGACGGUAUGGCGUACCUGUCCACGAAGAAAUUCGUGCACAGGGACCUGGCCGCUCGCAACUGCAUGGUCGCCGAGGAUUUAACGGUGAAGGUGGGAGACUUCGGAAUGACCAGGGACAUCUACGAGAGGGACUACUAUCGAAAGGGAAGCAAGGGCUUGCUACCUGUCAGGUGGAUGGCGCCGGAGAGUUUGAAGGACGGUGUUUUCAGCAGUUACUCGGACGUGUGGAGCUACGGUGUUGUGCUGUGGGAAAUGGUGACUUUCGCGUCGCAGCCUUAUCAGGGUCUAUCGAACGAGCAGGUUCUGCGAUACGUGAUCGAGGGAGGAGUGAUGGAACGGCCGGAAAACUGUCCGGAGAUGCUGUACGAUCUGAUGAAGCGGACGUGGAAGCACAAGGUGACGAGAAGGCCAACGUUCAUGGACAUCGUGACCAUGUUGCUGAAGCAUAUCGACUCGAAACGCUUCCAGGAGGUCAGCUUCUAUCACAGUGCAGAGGGCGUCGAGGCGAGGAACCAAAAUCGAUCCAACUCGCCGCAGAUAAAUCAGCAUCUAGAACUGACCACGCUGCAAGAUCUGCAAGAGGAGGAGGCAGAGGGUGAGGAGGACUCGCCGUUGAGGCAGGACUUUGGCGACUUCGCGAGCUUCGAGCCCAGUAUCAAGAACAGUUUCAGCCCACGUUUCUGCAUGGACUCGUACGGCGAGAACUCGAAAACGACCGCCAACUGCCACGACAUGAACUCGUCGAACGUCCCGUUGAAGGCCGGCUUCGACGACUUCGACGGCGUCUCGGCGGACUCGAUCGCCUCCGGCAAGGACGCGCUCAACCUGCCGUUCGUCGAGGACAGCCUCAGGUCCGUGAAGAGCUCGCCGUUCAUAAACGCGAAGAGCGUCUCACGGAGCAACCUGAGCCAGCUGUCGAUCAGCAACAGAUCGGCCAGCCCGAAGAACCACAGCGGCAAACGGAGCUUCCUCAGCAGCCCCAACUCCUCGAAGCUGAUCAAUCCGGACUACGAGAACGGUAGCCCGGAGAUACUGUUGGCCGCGGAGAAGAGGGAGACGGUGCCGCUGCGGGUGGACUUCUCGUCGAUGGACGCGAUCGAUAUGGACAACGGCGUGGAGAGGAAGGAGCCGCUGUCGCCGGUCGAGUACGUGAACAAACCGGAGGCCUUGAACAACGGCUACAUAGGCAGCACGGCCACGUAGUGUUAACGCGAUCGCACUCUGCGUCGUUGGCGAAGCGUCGCGACGUCGGUAGUGCGACUCGACUCGCUCGACGCGAUCGACGAUCGCGUGCACUGGCCGCUGGUGUCGGUGCUUGAACGUCUGCCAAGUAGCUGCCAAGAAGAAGAAGAAGAAGAUGAAGAAGAAGAAGCGUCACGCGCUCAGUGGAGAAUCACUCGAGAAGAUCCGACGCGAAUGUCCAGGAAUAUUCCGCGAUCGAACGAACGUUCGAAAUGGGCAGUGUCUGUAGGGGAAUCGGCGAACAGUCGGACUAGUUCCCUGCGCGUACGCGCCCGCCCUCGUCCCGGCUGCCGGGGUUUUAGAAACGGCGGAUUCCAAGUCGUAAGUUGCAUUUUUUUAAGUCUCUAGACUUCGGGUUUCGAUGUUGUCUCUCCGACGACGUUGACGAAUUAUUAUUAUUAUUAUUAUUAUAUUAUUAUUAUAUUAUUAUUAUUAUUUUUGUAGAAAACGCGAUCGUCUCUCUAAGUAGUCCUACUAUAUUACGUUUGUAAGAUGUAUACAUACACACAAACAUAUAUAUAUAUAUAUAUGUACUACGUGUAAAACAACGGUUUUUUUAAUUCGCGCGCAUCCGCUUGUUACAGCAGACACUGCCUUUUCACACGCCGAAAAAAAAAAGAAAAAAAAAAAGAAAGAAAGAAAGAGAGACAGAACCAUGUCACGAGAACAUGGGACGAAUCUGACGAUGUCACGUAAAGCGACGAGAAGCGAAACUAGCGUCCCUCUACUGGCCAAGCGUCCAAAUGAACCCGCGAUCCGAGUAUAUUUGUAUACACAAACAUGUCUGCCUAUGCCUGUCGUACACGUACGCGCUUUCCGUCGUUCCGAAAGUAAUUCGUUAGGCGGGAGAGGAGGCAGGAGGCUCCCUCUCGACGACCUUCCGUUCGCGAAACAAAAGUGGCAAUUAAUCAGGCGAGCGUGUCAGCCGAUCGGUUACGGCUUGCGGUUUUAUAUUUUACAAGGGGACACCGAGCGUGCGAGUUGCCGCCGAUUUAAUUGCCGCUUUCUUCGAAUUUGUCGUUGUCGUCGCCGGGGGUUGGAUCGUCAGAGAGGAAAUAUAUGUGAAAAACCUGUCUCGUACCGAGCGAAGAAUCGACUACUUGUCGAAGGACAAGUCCAAGUUGAAAGACAGGCGGGAGACUAUAUAAUAUACUUCUCACGUAUAUUUAUCACUGGCGAUUUAAUCCCGUUCCCACCCCCCUGCGGCAGGGCUGCGAGAAACCGCGGCUCGACUCGUUCGUUCGUGGAAAUUCUGUAAAACGGGAGAAUCUUCCUUCGAAAUCGUGCAAUAGAAGAAUCAAUCUGGCGGCCUGCGUUCGCCACCGACUGUUCUCUCGAUUGGUGCUAACGCGAGCGUGUCGAGGAAAAAAGGGGGAGGAAGAGGGAGAGGAAGAAUGGACGACGAACAACGGACGAAAAGUUUCACUCCGCCUCUCCGCCCCCCUCCCCCCCUACGUCGGAGCUUGAAGGAAAAACAGAUUUCGGAAGGUGCUUCCUUCCAGUUGGACGAGAGAACGUAGACUGUUUUAAGCUCGGGGUGAGAGAGCCGAGGUCGAACGACGAAAGAAAAAGAAAAAAAAAAAAAACGCGACCGACGUGAAGAAAGAGAAUCAUCCGAGCUAACGCCGGAGAAGCGUGUAGAGGAGCGUUCGAGCGAACCAAAGGAAAUGGAUGUUUUCACCGCGAGCGACGCGGUAACGCAGUUUGAAUUUAGACGUUAACGAGCCUCUAACAUAAGACUGAUUAGCUAAUCCCGUUUAUUACAUCCAUAUUCGCUGAAGUAAGGUUUUAACGUUUAAUCGAGCCGA